UUCUCUCUAACCGCCAACGAGAUUUCGCGCGGGAGAGAGGGCGGUUUCCUGGACGCAAAUUUCCGCCCGUGCGCGUGUCCCCAAGCUCUCGGGCACCUUCCUGGGUCGCGCACAGGUUGCGCCACCUGGCCUUGACCCUGGCCUUGACCCCUGCGGCCCCGCACCAGCUCCGGCGGACGCACCUGCAGGUCAACUAGCCGAUGAGUCGCUGAGGCGCCCGCGGCCGGCCGAGAAGCCCCGCGCGCCAUGCACUCUCUGCCGGACUGGCCCCCGGUGCCCGGCGCCCUCAGGCCCUCUCCCUUCCCGCACCCUGUGCUGCACGCCCUCCACGACCUGGCCCGCGUGCUGCUCUUCCCCGCCUACUGGGCCCUGGACCAGCUGCUGGGAUGCUGGGCUCCGAGGGCAAGCCCCAGCUUCCUGAAGGCGCUGCGCGUAGCCCUGUGGGCCGGGGCGGCGCUCCUGCUGCUGGUGUUGCUCGGCCUGCCCCUGGCGCUGCCGGGCCUGCUGCUCUGGCUGCCGCUGCAGGCCUGGCGCCGCCCCUUCUGCUACCAGCCCCCUCCGCAAGGCUGGGCGCCCCCCGCACCCUGGCGCCCCCCGGCGGAGCCCGCGCGCUGCUUCGGCUUUCUCAGCGCCAACCUGUGCCUGCUCCCCGACGGGCUGGCGCGCUUCAGCAACUUGCAGCACACCCAGCGGCGAGCGGACGCCGCGGGCGCCUUGCUGCUCGCCGGCCUGCGCUCCUCGCCCUCGCGCUACGGGGCCACGGGCUGCAGCCCGCCAGAGCCGGGGGCGCCCUGCGGGGUGCUGUCGGCUGCCCUGCCGGUGGGCCUGGACUUCGUGUGUCUGCAGGAGGUGUUCGACCUGCGCGCGGCGCGCCCCCUGGUGAGCCGCCUGGCACCCAACCUGGGCCCAGUGCUGCAUGACGUGGGUACGUUCGGCCUGCAGCCUGGGCCGCACCUCAAACUCCUGGGCAGCGGGCUGCUGCUGGCCUCGCGCUACCCGCUGCUGCGCGCCGCCUUCCGGGCCUUCCCCCAAGCUCGCCGCGAGGACGCGCUGGCCUCCAAGGGCCUUCUUUCUGCACAGGCGCAGGUGGGCAUCCUGAACGGGCGCCGCAUCGUGGGCUUCCUGCACUGCACGCACUUGCAUGCCCCGAGUGGGGACGGACAUUUGCGCUGUAAACAGCUGACGCUGCUGUUGAACUGGGCCGAGCAGUUUGAGGCCGAGAGCCGCUCCAGCGAUGAAACCGUGGCCUUCAGCGUGCUCCUGGGGGACCUGAACUUUGACAACUGCUGCCAAAGAGCACCAGCUCUUCAGCCGCUUCCAGGACCCCUGCCGGCUGGACACCCGCCGGGAGCAGCCGUGGGCCCUGGGAACGAUGUUGCGCACUUCCAGGCUCCGCCACUCGGUGGCCUGCUCCCCAGAGAUGCUGCGGAGGUGAGUGGCGACUUGGGGGCGAGGCACCGUCCGAACAGCCCCGAACGGAGGGGCGCCCUGGCCUUGAUGACACCGCCCCUCCUCAGGGCCCUGGAGCACGAGGAAGGUCGCCACCGCUACCUGGCAGGCCCUCCUCAUGGGGGACCCCGGGCUAAGCCCUGGCGGGGCCGGCGCCUGGAUUACAUCACCUACCGGGGGGUGCCCGGAGGCCCGCUGAGCCCAGAAGUAGAACAGGUGACAUUCAGCACCGCCCUGGCAGGGCUCACUGACCACCUGGCCGUGGGACUUCGGCUCCGAGUUUCCACGCACGGAGGCACGCAGGAGACGGCCGCGAGGCCCGGGGGAAAGACGGGCACGGAGGCCAAGCGGGAGCCGGGCGGGCCGCAGCAGCGGGAGCAGAGCGUCUGA